AUGACAGACGCCUCCCAAUUUAUCUCCAAAAGAGCUCAAUCACGCAAAUCAAGUCAUUUCGCAAAUGUGCCAUCAGAUCAACCACCCGCUGGUUUCAAACCACACCCCAAACCUUUGUUGUUGUCAUAUGGCACUCCAAAUGAUGGGUUUUUUCCAAUUGAUUCCAUUGAUGUAAAUCUAGUCGCCUUCCCAUUUGAGCAUCAAUCAAAGAAAGGUCAUGUUAUUGGACAUGGUGGUGAACUGAAAGCUAAUGGACAUGCAAAGGAGUAUAAAUCCAAUAGUGUUCACAUAUCAAGGCAUACAGAUACCCCCAAUUUGCUCGAUUUAUCAAGGGGAUUGCAAUACGCUCCUGUUCCUGGUCUUGAACCCUUGUUGGAAUUCACCAAAGAGUUUAUCCUGAAAACUCAUAAACCAGCUUAUGACGGUUGGAACCUGAUUUUAUCUACAGGUGCCAGUGAUGGGUUAAACAAAGCUUGUGAUGCUAUUUUGGACCCUGGUGACGUUGUUCUUGUUGAGGAGUUUACAUUUAGUCCAUUUCUCAAGUUUGUAAACAACGUUGGCGGUGUACCAGUGCCAGUCAAGAUCAACUUGUCCAAUGAUUCCGAUGGUCUUGACUUUGAUUAUUUGGAAAAUUUGUUGACAAAUUGGUCAAAGGAGCAUCCUAAUUUGCCAAAACCAAAGGCAUUGUACACUAUUUCCACAGGCCAGAAUCCAACAGGGUUUACUCAAACAGUUGAAUUUCGUCACAAAGUUUACAAGUUGGCUGAAGAGCAUAACUUUGUAAUUAUUGAGGAUGAUCCAUACGGAUAUUUAACCUUACCAAAGUAUGACCCAUCUAGAUUCUCAAGCAACAACAAAGUAGAUCCCGCAGAUUUGGAAAACAAUUUAACCAUUGAGGAAUAUUUGUCUGACCAUUUGACUCCUUCAUACUUGGAGCUUGACACUACUGGUCGUGUCAUUAGAGUCGAGACAUUUUCAAAGUUAUUUGCUCCUGGAUUGCGUCUCGGAUUUGUCAUUGCUCAUGCCAAAGUGGUAGAUGCCAUUAGAAACUACGCUGAGGUUGCAAAUAGGGGUGCAUCAGGUUUGUCACAAACAGUAGUGAAUAAUGUCGUUAGAGACCAAUUGGGAGGUUUAGAUGGAUGGUUGAAUUGGAUAUUGAGAAUGAGAGCAACAUAUUCGCACAGAAAGGACUUAUUAUUACACUCGAUCUAUCAAUCUGAAGCUUUCAAAAAAGGGUUAGUUGACGUGAUAGACCCUAAAGCAGGAAUGUUUGUCACUUUUAAGGUGAAGUUUUUAGACCCCGCGGAGGGCAAGAUCACAAGUGAUGAUGUAAUCUCGACAAUGAAACAAUUGUUGUGGAAGAUUAUCAGCCAUGGAGUUUUGGUUGUUCCGGGAUACAAUAUGACGGUUGAUCAAAAGUUCAGUUUGGAAAGAAGCAACUUCUUUAGAUUAUGCUAUGCUCCGCUUGAUAAUGACGAGGAUAUCAUAGAGAGUGGAAAGCGGUUGACUGAUGCUGUUUUGGAGUUUCAUGACAAUGGAAACAAGUUUUGA